CGUUUCAACAAUCCCCUUCCAGUUGUCAAUUAAUUCGGAAGCUUUAGCCAGGACACGCGCCUUUGGAGCUUGUUGGCGCGUGGGAGCCAAGCUUUUCAACAACACUCAGAGGAUGCUGCCGGAGGUUCAGCCGCUAUUUAAGGAUGCUGCGUUGCGGCCUUAACUUCAGUCAACGCGCGGCGUUCGAGUUCUUUGGAUCGCGCCUAAAACUUAAAUAGAAAGGACCAAACGGGGAUAAUCAAAAUAAGCUAGAAAUCCAAAGAGUCCUAAAACCCUUUUGUGAGUGAAGUGGCCCAUCGAAAGUAGAUGAAAAUAUUGUUAUUAGUUAACUUUAUUAAAGUGUGUGAAAAACUAUAGUUAAUGGUUACAAUUGAUGAUUAAUUUAAUAAAUAUUGGAAACUGAUCUUUUGGAGUGAACCAAUUGAGUGUAGCCCGAAAAAGAGAGCCGCAGAAAGUUGUUCAACAGAAUUUAAUCAAAAACUUGGAGGGCAGAUUGUCCAAGUGGUUCACCUGUUGGCUGCAUUUUAAAUCAACGAGGCAAGCAAUCAGCGGCGAGGACCAGGAGCCAAGGGUCCCCGGACAAGAUGUCGCAGCACUUCACAUCUAUAUUUGAGAACCUGCGUUUCGUGACCAUCAAACGUACGACGAAUGCACAGCAGCAGCAGCAGCAACAACAACAACAGCAAUUGCAACAACAACAACAGCAAUUGCAACUGCAACAGCAACAACAGCAAUUGCAACAGAAAACUACAUGUGCCAUACAGCAACAAAAUAGUAGAAAAAUCAAAGCUCAAACAACGCCAACGGUGAAUGGCAAUGGGCUCUUGAGCGGCAAUCCUGAAGGCGGUGGCGACUCCUCGCCGAGUCACGAAGUGAACCAAGCUGGUGGAGCGGUGGCAGGAGCAGCAGGAUCGGCCGGAGGAGCGGCAUCCUCGAGUGGCACGCCGUUGAGGCAUCCCAAACGAGCCAGCAUCUCGCAGGCGUCGCCUCCAAUUCGCGAACGCCGUGGCACGAACACAAGUAUCGUCGUCGAACUCGAUGGAAGUGGAAGUGGCAGUGGCAGCGGGAGUGCAGGUGGCGGUGGACAGGCGGCGGCGGGUUGUCCUGCCUCGGGAAGUGGCACGGCGUCGGGGAAAAGUUCGCGAGAACUUUCCCCAUCGCCCAAAAACCAACAGCAGCCCAGAAAAAUGUCACAGGAUUAUCGGUCGCGUGCCGGCAGCUUUAUGCACCUGGACGACGAGGGCCGCAGCCUGCUGAUGCGGAAGCCAAUGCGGCUGAAGAACAUCGAGGGACGGCCGGAAGUGUACGACACGCUGCAUUGCAAGGGUCGCGAGAUACUUUCCUGCUCGAAGGCCACCUGUACGAGUAGCAUUAUGAACAUUGGAAACGCGGCGGUGGAGGCUCGAAAACCGGAUUUAAUCAUGGAACACGCCAAGGAUUUUCUCGAGCAGUAUUUCACUUCGAUAAAGCGAACAUCAUCCACCGCCCACGAAACGCGGUGGAAACAGGUGCGGCAGAGCAUCGAGACCAGUGGACAUUAUCAGCUAACUGAAACCGAGCUAAUUUAUGGCGCCAAAUUGGCCUGGCGAAAUUCAUCACGUUGCAUUGGCCGCAUACAAUGGUCCAAGUUGCAGGUCUUUGACUGCCGGUAUGUGACAACAACAAGUGGCAUGUUUGAAGCCAUUUGCAACCACAUUAAAUAUGCAACAAAUAAAGGCAACCUGAGAUCGGCUAUUACGAUAUUCCCUCAACGAACAGAUGCCAAGCAUGAUUAUCGAAUUUGGAACAACCAAUUAAUUUCCUAUGCCGGCUAUAAGCAGGCGGAUGGAAAAAUCAUUGGCGAUCCGAUGAACGUGGAGUUUACAGAGGUCUGCACCAAGCUGGGCUGGAAGGGCAAGUGCAGCGAGUGGGACAUCCUGCCACUGGUCGUCUCGGCCAACGGCCACGAUCCGGACUACUUUGAUUACCCGCCGGAAUUGAUACUGGAAGUGCCCCUCACGCAUCCCAAGUUCGAUUGGUUCUCGGAACUGGGACUCCGGUGGUACGCCCUGCCCGCCGUUUCCAGCAUGCUGUUCGAUGUGGGCGGCAUCCAGUUUACGGCGACCACAUUCAGCGGUUGGUACAUGUCCACCGAGAUUGGCAGCCGGAAUUUAUGCGACACAAAUCGCCGCAAUAUGUUGGAGACGGUGGCGCUGAAGAUGAAUCUGGAUACGAGGACACCGACGUCCCUGUGGAAGGACAAGGCCGUCGUCGAGAUGAACAUCGCCGUGCUGCACUCCUACCAAAGUCGCAAUGUAACCAUUGUGGAUCACCACACGGCCAGCGAGAGCUUCAUGAAGCACUUUGAAAACGAGUCGAAACUCAGAAAUGGGUGUCCCGCUGAUUGGAUUUGGAUCGUGCCGCCGCUGUCGGGCUCCAUUACGCCGGUCUUCCAUCAGGAGAUGGCACUGUACUACCUGAAGCCGUCGUUUGAGUACCAGGAUCCCGCCUGGCGCACUCACGUCUGGAAAAAAGGACGAGGCGAGAGCAAGGGCAAGAAGCCGCGACGCAAAUUCAAUUUUAAACAAAUCGCUAGGGCUGUGAAAUUUACAUCGAAGCUAUUUGGACGCGCCUUGUCCAAGCGAAUUAAGGCUACUGUUCUAUAUGCCACCGAAACUGGAAAAUCUGAGCAAUAUGCAAAGCAACUAUGUGAGCUACUCGGACAUGCAUUCAAUGCCCAGAUAUAUUGCAUGUCCGACUACGAUAUAUCCUCCAUCGAGCACGAGGCAUUGUUAAUUGUUGUGGCCUCCACCUUUGGCAACGGCGACCCCCCGGAAAACGGCGAGCUUUUCUCACAGGAAUUGUACGCGAUGCGUGUCCAGGAGUCUGGCGAGCAUGGAUUGCAGGAUUCUAGCAUUGGCUCCUCGAAGUCCUUCAUGAAGGCGAGUUCGCGACAGGAGUUCAUGAAGCUGCCGCUGCAACAGGUGAAGCGAAUCGACCGCUGGGACUCGCUGCGGGGCUCCACCUCGGACACCUUCACCGAGGAGACCUUCGGCCCGCUCUCCAACGUCCGGUUUGCGGUCUUCGCCCUUGGCUCCUCGGCCUACCCCAACUUCUGCGCCUUCGGCCAGUACGUGGACAACAUUUUGGGGGAGCUGGGAGGAGAGCGCCUGCUGCGGGUGGCCUACGGCGACGAGAUGUGUGGACAGGAGCAGUCCUUCCGCAAGUGGGCACCCGAGGUGUUCAAGCUCGCCUGCGAGACCUUCUGCCUGGAUCCGGAGGAGAGUCUCUCGGAUGCUUCGCUGGCACUCCAGAACGACUCACUCACCGUGAACACAGUGCGAUUGGUUCCCUCGGUGAGCAAGGGAUCCCUGGAUGGAAGUCUGUCGAAGUACCACAACAAGAAGGUCCACUGCUGUAAGGCGAAGUCACAGCCCCACAAUCUCACCAGACUAAGCGAGGGAUCCAAGACGACGAUGUUGCUGGAGAUCUGUGCCCCGGGAUUGGAGUACGAGCCGGGUGACCAUGUGGGCAUCUUUCCUGCCAAUCGAUCCGAGUUGGUUGAAGGUCUGCUGGAUCGCCUGGUGGGUGUGGAUAAUCCCGAUGAGGUGCUGCAACUGCAGUUGCUCAAAGAGAAGCAGACCUCGAAUGGGAUCUUCAAGUGCUGGGAGCCACAUGACAAGAUUCCCCCGGAUACGCUGAGGAAUCUCCUGGCCAGAUUCUUUGACCUGACCACUCCGCCAUCGCGACAAUUGCUCACCCUUUUGUCGGGAUUCUGUGAUGAUUCGGCGGACAAGGAGCGAUUGGAACUGCUGGUGAAUGAUUCCUCGGCCUACGAGGAUUGGCGGCACUGGCGGUUGCCUCAUCUGCUGGAUGUCCUCGAGGAGUUCCCCUCCUGUCGCCCACCAGCUCCCCUUCUGUUGGCCCAACUGACGCCCCUGCAACCCAGGUUCUACUCCAUUUCCUCGUCACCGCGGAAAGUUAGUGACGAAAUCCACUUAACGGUGGCCAUAGUGAAAUAUCGCUGUGAAGAUGGAGAAGGUGACGAACGAUAUGGAGUUUGCUCGAAUUAUCUUUCGGGUUUGCGAGCGGAGGAUGAUCUUUAUAUGUUCGUGAGGAGCGCCUUGGGUUUCCACUUGCCCAGCGACCGGAGUCGACCCAUCAUCCUGAUUGGUCCUGGCACGGGAAUCGCUCCUUUCCGUUCCUUUUGGCAGGAGUUCCAGGUCCUCCGUGAUCUGGAUCCCGUGGCCGCGUUGCCCAAAAUGUGGCUCUUCUUUGGCUGCCGGAAUCGGGAUGUGGACCUCUAUGCGGAGGAAAAAGCGCAACUGGAAAAGGACCAGAUUCUGGACAGAGUUUUUCUUGCGCUCUCCAGGGAGCAGGCCAUUCCAAAGACAUAUGUGCAGGACCUGAUUGAACAGGAAUUCGAUUCGUUAUACCAGCUGAUUGUGCAGGAGCGGGGCCACAUUUACGUCUGCGGCGAUGUCACAAUGGCCGAGCAUGUGUACCAGACCAUCAGGAAGUGCAUUGCCGGCAAGGAGCAAAAGAGCGAGGCGGAAGUUGAGACAUUUUUGCUAACACUGCGGGAUGAAAGUCGCUACCACGAGGACAUCUUUGGCAUCACGCUGCGAACAGCUGAAAUACACACAAAAUCGAGGGCCACGGCCAGGAUUCGAAUGGCUUCCCAGCCGUAAGGGAUAUUCGGACUAAUCAAAAUAGGCGGGUUACAAUAUCCAAAUAAGUGAAGAAUACCAAACAUUUCUUCUUUCUUUUCCUCCAUAUUCAAAUGCAAUUAAAUAUUGUCGCUUUGUUCAUUACUUAUUCGUACGAAUACCGUUUAAAUAAAUUACAUUUUAUUAUUGAUUCUUAUGUACAAAUUAAUUCAGAAAUCAAAAUCUAAAUGUUAAAUAUAUU